AUGAACGCAAUGCUCUCCGGCAUUCCUGGCACGGCUGGGUACCUGUACGACAUCAUCAGCAUGGGUCGUUCCCCGGCUGAACUCCAAGACCGAGUGUGCGCAGUACUUGAACGCGUGCAGGAAUAUGGCUUCCGAUUGCGGGCCGACGAGUAUCAAUUCUUCCUAGAGUACAUUAAAUACAUUGGAUUCAUCUUUGACCCCACU